CCCCCGCACCGUGGGCCGCCGCCUCUCCCGCCGCCGCUCCCCCGCCCGCCCCCGCCGUUCCGCCCCCGGCCGCCGCUCCCGCCCUGCCCGCCACUGACGCAGCCGUGCCGCACCAGCUCAACAUGGCGGCGGCGCGGCGCUGAGCGGCGCGGGGUGACAAGGGCCGCCAGGGUAUUUAAAUUUCUGAAGCCAUGGGAGUAAAAGUCCAGAGACCUCGUUGCUUUUUUGACAUAGCCAUCAACAAUGUACCUGCUGGAAGAGUGGUCUUUGAGUUGUUUUCAGAUGUGUGUCCAAAGACAUGUGAAAAUUUUCGCUGCCUUUGCACAGGUGAAAAGGGUACAGGAAAGUCCACCCAAAAGCCAUUGCAUUACAAAAGUUGUCUGUUUCACAGGGUUGUGAAAGACUUUAUGAUCCAAGGAGGUGACUUCAGUGAAGGAAAUGGCAGGGGAGGAGAAUCCAUUUAUGGUGGCUUUUUUGAAGAUGAAAGUUUUGCUGUGAAGCACAACAAAGAAUUUCUCCUUUCAAUGGCCAACCGAGGGAAAGAUACAAAUGGUUCACAAUUCUUUAUAACAACUAAACCUACACCUCAUUUAGAUGGACAUCAUGUUGUUUUUGGACAAGUCAUCUCAGGUCAGGAAGUUGUGAGAGAAAUAGAAAACCAGAAAACAGAUGCAUCUAGUAAACCAUAUGCUGAAGUACGCAUACUGAGUUGUGGAGAGUUAAUUCCAAAAUCCAAAGCCAAGAAAGAAGAAAAGAAGAGACACAAAUCGUCUUCCUCAUCCAGUGACUCUGAAAGUUCAAGUGAUUCAGAAUCAUCUUCUGAUUCCUCAUCGGAUUCUGAGAGUGCUUCGGAAGAGAAAUCUAAAAAACGGAAAAAGAAACACAAAAAAAAUUCCAAGAAACAUAAGAAAGAAAAGAAAAAGAGAAAGAAAAGCAAGAAAAGCUCUUCCAGUGAAAGUGAAGAUGAAAACACUGAAGCACAGCCGUUAUCUACUGUCCGUCCUGAAGAAAUUCCUCCUGUACCUGAAAACCGGUUCCUGAUGAGGAAAAGUCCUCCUAAAGUAGAUGACAAAGAAAAAGAGAGGAAAAGCAGAGAAAAGGAAAGAGAAAGUAAUCUAUCGAAUUCCCAGUCAAUGUACCAGAGGAGACUGUUAGUGACCAGAUCUGGAAGGAAAAUAAAAGGAAGAGGACCAAGGCGUUACCGGACACCUUCCAGAUCCAGGUCAAGAGAUCGUUUCCGACGCAGUGAAACUCCUCCACAUUGGAGGCAAGAAAUGCAAAGAGCUCAAAGAAUGAGAGUGUCUAGUGGAGAAAGAUGGAUAAAAGGGGACAAGAGUGAACUAAAUGAAACCAAGAAAGAUAAUCAAAAGAGCCCAGGAAGAGGAAGAGAGAGAAAAAUAUCAGACCACAGACAAGUUUCUGAAAGUCCAAGCCGAAGAGGGGAAAAAGAGAAGAAAAAAGAUCACAAAUCCAGCAGCAAAGACAGGGAGACAAGAAGGAAUUCAGAUAAAGAUGAUAAGCAUAACAAAAGCAAGGCCAAGAAGAGAGCUAAAUCUAGAAGCCAUAGUAAAAGCCGAGAGAAAUCAAAAAGUAAAGAAAGAGACUCCAAGCACAGUAGACAUGAUGAAAAGAGAAUAAGAUCAAGAAGCAAAGAGAGAGACCAUGAGAAAGGCAGAGAAAAAGAAAAGCGCUAUGAUUCUAGAGGGAGAGAUAAAGAAAGAAGUAGGAGCAAGGAGAGAAGUAAAAGGGCAGGCUCAAGAAGUAAUGAACAAGAGCAUAGGAAGAGCAGAGACAGGGAGAAACGUAAGUCAAGAAGCAAAGAGCGUGAGCAUGCUAGAGGAAAACAUAGUUCCAGCAGUAGAACAAGGGAUCGAAGCAAAAGUCGAGAUAGGAGUAGGAGAGGAAGAUCAAGAAGCAGGGACAGGGAUCGUAGUAGAAGUAAAGACUAUUCAAGGAAUAGAGAUAGAGAAACAAGAAGAAGAGGAAGAUCAAGAAGCAGAGAAAGGAGAGGUACACCAGAUAGAUACAGAGGAAGAGAAAACAGGAGGAGGAGAGACUCAAGGAGUUCAGAGAGGGAUGAAAGUCAAAGCAGAAACAGAGAUAGGUAUUCAAAUAGGGAAAGUAGAAGCUCAUAUAAGAGGAAUGAUAGUGAAAGCCAAAGGAAGAGGCGUUCAAAAAGCCGUGAAAGUAGUAGUCCUGAAUCCAGCAAAGAUAAGAAGUCUAGUAGAGAUCAGGAUAGAAGUCCAGACUCAAAAAAGAGACCAAGUAGCAAAGAGAGAGAAUCAAAAAAGUCAUAUUCACGCAGCAGUAAAGAAAAGGAAAAGACCAGAUCCUCAGCAGAAAAAGAAAUAAACCAAAAAUCAAAGAGUCAGGAAAGAGAUCAUGCCCCUAGUAAGGAUAAAAAGUCUGAUCAUGAAACAAGUCCUGGAACAGAUGACGACAGGCAUGGAUGAGUUUGUGGACUUAAUGUUUCCAUCGUCUCAGAGUUUUAGAGACAUUUUGGGGAACGCCUUUUUUAAAGAUGCAGACUUCAGUUUGGUCUUUUGAUAAUCUAAAACCUGGAUCAUUUGUACUGCUAAAGUUUUAAUAAACUUGAAAUGAAAAACAAAUUAUAUGUGUAAUACAGUGUGCUGUGUUUUAAGUAUUUCAUUGAAUUUGUAUCCUUCUUAUGUGUUGUCAGCUAGAAAGGUAACUUCUAUGCCACAUUUAUUUUUUACCUGAUGAACAUAGUUCAGUGCAAGCAAUGGCUGCCUGUGAAGAGGCUUGUUCCAUAUGUGAAGAAGAAAGCUGCAGAUAUACUACAUGUCAUCUUAAAGCUAGGAGUCUGUUGCAAGGUGUCCAUUGCUCCAGUGUUGCUGCAUCUGUAUUUCAGUAGGUAUAAAUCCUAAGGAAAUUUAUUUAUAGAGGUAAAUUAUGCUAGUUUUAUUUUAAUCACAAAGUGACUUAAUUUAAGUAAAUCUUCAUGGUUUGUAUUUCUGUCACUGCCAAUAGUAGAAUUCAUUCAUAUUGUAAGGCAGUCAUCUGUUUGGGAGCUAUUUGUUUGUCCUAAAAAAUAUUUUUAAAUGCUCAUCAGUGUAACUUUCUUCCCCGUAACCUUUUUCUGUUCCAUGCUUUUGUGUUUGUCUACUGCAGAAAAUUCAGUUUGGAGGCUUCAGAGUGCUCUGUCUCAGUUGCUGACUAGUGGAUCCACAGAGAGGAAACAGAUUACCAGAAUUUACAGUGGGUGUUAGAGUAAGGAAUCAGGAAAUCCUUUCAACUCUUGCUCCUUAAGUCUAAGACAAAACUAUUGCUAUUCUCCAGUAUUGGUUUUUGGAGUAGUUGAAACGGAAUUUCAAGUAAUGUUUUAAGAUAGGCUCUUAAUAUUUAUUUUGUUUUUAAACUGAAAUUUGCUUUCCUCCCUGUUUCUCUUCAUUCUAAAGACCGUACUGUGAAUUCCAUCUCAUUCCCUACUACGUGUGUGUGUCCCUCAAACCAAUUCCCUCCCUUUUCUGCUUUCCUCUCCUGCCUGUAGGUCCCACCCCAGUUUCUAUUUCACCACCAGGCCUUCAUGUCAAAGAGAAAGAGUUUGGCUUGUGUUGCUGCAGGAGUGUCCCAGUGUGUGCGUCCCCAAAGAGCCACUGGUGUGUGGUGACUUAACACAGUGGGCCAACAGGAGGAGAGAUUUGGUACAAACACCAACACUCCUUCCAGUCCUUUGAACUAUUCACACCAAAGGCUGGCAAAUCUUUAAAAUCCUGAAGAGAAGUGACAAGCAUUAAUGUUAAGCUGUGUCAAAGCAAGACAAUAUUGUAAUAGUUGAAAUUUUUGCCAAAUCUUUCACUGUGUGACAUAAUUUGUUGUUACUGUCUUUGUUAUGAGCUUGUCAACAUUUUCACUCUAUAAGCCAGUUUAUGAUCAGUGUGUAAACAGUGUAUGUUUACAGCAGAUUAGCAGAAUUGCUGAAACUUGGCUUUACAUUGUGAUCCAGCAGUUGUUACUCCAAAGGAAAAAAGUUUUGUCUUGAAAGCAAAAGAAAACAGAGGAUUAUGAACAACUUAAGCAGCAUUUUUAAAGGAAGAAAACUAGAAGUAUGUUGAGUUACUUUCUAGCAUAAUAGUUAGUGGAGCUGCUUUGGCUAUCAAGUGCUUUUCCCCUAUGUUUUAGUAUGAAUUUUGCACAAGAGUGGUCAUUUUAUGCAGAAUGUUUAAAAAUGUUCCCAAGUCCACAUGUGGUUGGAUGAUACAGCUGUUACUUAAGAGAACUUAGGAGUGAACCAAAGACCUGUAUAGUGGACCUAUUCUGUCUGAACUUUGGAGGACUUUGGAGAAGUUGUAGUCCUAUUUUGGGGGACUGUAGUAAGAAAAAGGUAGGAAGUUAAGCUUCAGAAAUUGUGUGGCAGCCUAAACAAAGCCUUCCUUGGUGCAUUUAUACUGUGCUAUGCAUGCCAUGUGCUUCAAAGUCUCAUUUAAAAUCUGUUUGCAAUGUUCUUCUGUUAUUUUUAAUGGAGCUGAGACACAAGCUGUUGCUGAAAAAGUAUGUUUGCACUAAUGAGAAUAUUCUUGCCAAUAUCACUAAAGCUCGUAUAAGCAUGCAAACAAAACAGUCUGCAACUAUAAUGACUGCUGUAGAAGGGAGGAAAUGCAAGCAGUCAGCAAUACAGCAAUACAUAGAAAUUGUUAAAAAAACCCAAAACAACAGUCUUUAAUUUAAAAUCUCAAAAUGGAGAUUAUAUCCAGUUAUAGCUUGCAGUUGUAACUAGUUAUUUCAAAAUAUGCACUUCUGUACCCUUUCAUGUGGACUUUUUUCUUUGUUACAAUUCAGAAAAUUAUUUGUACAAAUUAAAGGAACUCUAAUUCUUCCAUAGCACUUUAAAAAUUCAUCUGAGUUGGUGGCACAAAGCUCAUUUUCUUGUUUCUAAUGUAUGUUUUUUUUAAAAGCUGGUUACAUUAAAUUGCACAUGGUGGGAUACACUUGAUCUUUUGAUGAGUGCAUACCUUGCCUGUAUAUCAUAUUUGAUGGUAAAUUGGUGUAGUGCUGAUCACUUUGUUUAAACUGAAACACAACUGCAGUCUUGUACGAGGGUGGGUUUGCCAGAUUCAUGCAUUUCUUUAUCAAACUGGAAACUGAGAAUGUUGAUUAAAAAUUUGGUGGGACCGAAGCACAAUCCCAGGGACAGCAAGAUGUCUUCAAGCACCAGUCAGUUCUUGCUGCCAGAUAAGGAGGCACUCACUGACUUCUGCUCUUGCAGUCCUUGAGCUGUUUCCUCUUUCAAUGGCAGAGCUUUCCUGUUCUCAGCCUCACAGUAACCACCUGGUGCUGUAGUCACAGUGUAGCUCAGUGCCUCAGAGAAGUGAUCUGGAAGUGUAUUUUAAAGCAAUAUGUAAGUGUACCAGAGGGGGGUAGGGGGGAAAGCUCAUGGUCUUUCCUUGUGAAUGCAGAAAAAAGUAGUACUUGUAGAAUACAGUUUUUUCUGCUGUACCCCAGAACUCAUCCUACUCCAGAGAAUUUGUGAACCCUAAGACACAAGGUAAAAUGAGGGCAAGGAUUACUGGACUAGCUUUAUGAGCAUGUGUUUAGGUGUACAUACAGGCUUGAAAUAACUUCCAAAGGCUAGACAUGCAUUCUCUGUUGUACUGACAGUAGAUACUGACAUUUUACUAAUACCAUACAGCCUGUAUAUACAUGAAAUGCUGAAAUUAGUAUUGGCAGUAGCUUUACAAACUUUAUCAAAAAGAGACUGUUUGAUGCUGGAAUUUCUGGGUACUGCCACCAACUCAGAGGCAGAAAUUCUUACUGAGGAGGGUAGAUAGAAUUUAAGGUUGUGUAGACACUAUUACCUGUAAAAAAUGUGUUGGUGUCUGAUAAUUCCUUAACACAGACACAGUGUUUCAGUUGUUGCCCUGUUUGUUUGGGUUGGUUGUUAUUUAGAAAGAAAAAAGGCAAUGGUUACAUUUUAACCCUUUGUUCUAUCUGGUGGUUAGAAUUUUAGCCUGAAACUUUGCGCUUUGUACAUGAAAUCCCACACUACGGGCUUUUAUUGAAGUGUUCUUUGUCAUAUGCCCUGAAGAAUUUGCAGUGAUCCCCUAACAAAGUCUGAUUUGUAAUAGUGUCAGUCUGGCAAGUGGAUUUUAGAUUAAUGUAAACACAAACAAAGCAGUCCUUUAGCUGCCUUUUCUGGAACUGUUGAUUUAUUGAAGCAAAUAAAGUAUUUUUGGACACA